CCACAUCCCGAGCGGCACCGCGACGGGAACGGUGCAUGCCGCAAUGUAAACUUCCGCCUCUGAACGGCACGGAGGUCUUUCUUUUCCCCUGCAUGACUCACACAACUCGCCAGUACUGAGUCUACGAACAGAAUGUGGGACACUGAGAGACACAUCAGAUGGUUAUUGUUUAUUCUGAACGGAGUCCUUCCGCUGCCAAGUAAUCUCCGAAAAGACUUCCGCUUCCGGUUGCACAGUUGCCGUGGUAACAAGUUCACAAAACGAACUGGGCAGUUAUGGCGGGCCUGAGCGGCUCGCAGAUUCCGGAUGGGGAGUUCACCGCGGUCGUGUACCGGCUCAUCCGGGAUUCUCGCUACGCCGAGGCGGUGCAGCUGCUGGGCGGAGAGCUGCAGCGCAGCCCGAAGAGCCGCGCCGGCCUGUCGCUGCUGGGCUACUGCUACUACCGCCUGCAGGAGUUCGCGCUGGCCGCCGAGUGCUAUGAGCAGCUGAGCCAGCUGCACCCAGAGCUCGAGCAGUACCGGCUGUACCAGGCCCAGGCCCUGUACAAGGCCUGCCUUUUUCCGGACGCCACCCGGGUCGCCUUCCUCCUGCUGGACAACCCCGCCUACCACAACCGGGUCCUCCGCCUGCAGGCUGCCAUCAAGUACAGCGAGGGUGAUCUGCCAGGGGCCAGGAGCCUGGUGGAGCAGCUGCUCAGUGGGGAAGGCGGAGAGGAGGGAGGGGGAGAGAACGAUCCCGAUGGCCAGGUCAACCUGGGUUGUUUGCUCUACAAGGAAGGGCAGUAUGAAGCUGCAUGUUCCAAGUUCUUUGCGGCCCUGCAGGCCUUGGGCUACCAGCCUGACCUUUCUUACAACCUGGCUUUGGCCUAUUACAGCAGCCGGCACUAUGCGCCAGCAUUGAAGCACAUCGCUGACAUUAUUGAGCGUGGCAUCCGCCAGCAUCCCGAGCUGGGUGUGGGCAUGACCACCGAGGGCAUUGAUAUCCGCAGUGUUGGCAACACUUUAGUUCUCCACCAGACUGCUUUGGUAGAAGCCUUCAACCUCAAGGCAGCCAUAGAAUACCAGCUGAAAAACUAUGAAGCGGCUCAGGAAGCCCUCACUGACAUGCCUCCUAGGGCAGAGGAAGAGUUGGACCCUGUGACCCUGCACAACCAGGCACUAAUGAACAUGGAUGCCAAGCCUACGGAAGGGUUUGAAAAGCUCCAGUUUUUGCUCCAACAGAACCCCUUCCCCCCAGAGACUUUUGGCAACCUGUUGCUGCUCUACUGUAAAUAUGAGUAUUUUGACCUGGCUGCAGAUGUCUUGGCAGAAAAUGCCCAUUUGACUUACAAGUUCCUCACACCCUACCUCUAUGACUUUCUGGACGCCAUGAUCACUUGCCAGACAGCUCCUGAUGAAGCUUUCGUUAAGCUGGAUGGACUAGCGGGGAUGCUGACCGAACAGCUCCGGAGACUCACCAAACAGGUACAGGAAGCAAGACACAACAGAGACGAGGAAGGUAUCAAAAAAGCAGUGAAUGAAUAUGACGACACCCUUGAGAAGUACAUUCCGGUGUUGAUGGCUCAAGCAAAAAUCUACUGGAACCUUGAAAAUUAUUCAAUGGUGGAAAAGAUCUUCCGCAAAUCUGUGGAAUUCUGUAAUGACCAUGACGUGUGGAAGCUGAAUGUUGCUCAUGUUCUGUUCAUGCAGGAAAACAAGUACAAAGAAGCCAUUGGAUUUUAUGAGCCCAUAGUUAAGAAGCACUAUGAUAACAUCCUCAAUGUCAGUGCUGUUGUUUUAGCUAACCUCUGUGUUUCCUAUAUCAUGACAAGUCAAAAUGAAGAAGCUGAAGAGUUGAUGAGGAAGAUUGAGAAGGAGGAAGAGCAGCUCUCCUAUGAUGACCCAGACAAGAAAACCUAUCAUCUGUGUAUUGUGAAUUUGGUGAUAGGAACACUUUAUUGUGCCAAAGGAAAUUAUGAUUUUGGCAUUUCUCGAGUUAUCAAAAGCUUGGAACCUUAUAAUAAAAAACUGGGCACUGAUACCUGGUUUUAUGCCAAGAGAUGCUUCCUGUCCUUAUUAGAAAACAUGUCAAAACACACAAUCAUGCUACGUGACAGUGUUAUUCAAGAAUGUAUCCAAUUUCUAGAACACUGUGAACUUUUUGGCAAAAACAUACCUGCUAUUAUAGAACAACCCCUGGAAGAAGAAAGAAUGCAUAUUGGAAAGAAUACAGUCACAUAUGAAUCCAGACACAUGAAGAAACCAUUGAGCUACAUGGAUACCCAGAUGAAAUAUGUUCAGCAUAGUUCCUCUGUAGCAUGACUGCUGGUUGUUCAAUUCUAUUGGAUUAGAAAAUUUGACUUUGAAGUACAAUGGUUUUGAAUUUUUGCCAUGUUUAGUGUUAAUUAUCUGAGCUGCCAUCAUAGUGAUGCUUUAAUCCCAUGUAUGGAGAAUCAUCAAAGUUUAAUGACCUCUUCAGUGUAUUCCAGAGCCACAUUCUGUCUGGGAACAGUUCUUCAAAAACUUCUGAACUAAAAAAAAUGUUGGUGCAGUAGCUCUGUGUCCCUCUCAAUCUCCAUAACCCCUUUACUUUGGAGAAGUAAAUAAAGUGAAAUCUUAUUUUCAA